ACUCGUGGCUCGGUUGGUUUAGUGAUAAGAUGCAGGAGUUGUUGAAUUUUAUUUCAAGUAUAUUUUUACUUUUACUUGGUACUCCAUUGCAUUCGGACAAGCAAAUAGAAUCAGAUUUGCAACCUGUCACAGUGACUCCAUCGGGGACUAUAUUUGGACUAUAUAAUGUGACUCGACGUGGUCGCAGGUUUGAGUCCUAUCGAGGCAUAAGAUAUGCUGAACCUCCAAUCGGAGACCUUAGAUUUCAGCCACCGAAGAUGAUCGACAAAUACGAAUCGCCAGUAAAUGCCACCAGAGACGGCCAUGUUUGCCCACAAGCUUGGAACAACUGUUGUCGAACUCCACCGUACGAGGAUAUGGACGAAGAUUGUCUCUUUAUGAACGUGUAUACUCCAUUGAAGAAAGAUAGGAAAACACUGUUGCCAGUGAUAUUCUUUAUACAUCAGAGUGCGUUUCUCGCUAAGACGGCGCGCAGUGAUAUUUUUGAACCAAACUAUCUCCUUGAUCGAGACAUCGUUUUGGUCACAUUUAACUACAGGCUCGCAACACUUGGAUUCCUUAGUACUGGCGACAAAAUUGCUCCAGGUAAUAAUGCAAUGAAGGAUCAAGUUAUAGCUCUUCGUUGGGUCCAAAAGAAUAUUCGGGCAUUCGGUGGGGAUCCGAACAGUGUGACGAUAUCUGGCUGCAGCUCAGGAUCUGUUAGUGUUAUUGCGCAUAUGGUGUCUCCUAUGUCCAAAGGACUAUUCCACCGUGCCAUAGCAAUCAGUGGAUCCCCCACGAAGAUAGAUAAAAUGCCGUCAGACCAAUAUACGUGGGCGGAGAAACAAGCGCGACUCCUUGACUGUCCAACAACCAACUCAUCAGUCAUUGUGGCUUGUUUAAAGACUAAGCCCUGGAGGGAUUUUGCAAGGACAUACGAUAAGUUUUAUGUUUUCGACAGAAAUCCCAUUCACCAAUGGGACAUGGUAGUCGAAAACGAUUUUGGACAGGAACGCUUUCUCGCCAUUGACUUGAUGGAAGCGAUCAGACAAGGCAACAUGACUCACGUCCCCAUCAUCAUCAAUCAGAACACUGCUGAGUUCUUCUCCAUGGCACCUCCUAUUAUAACCAACAGUACAAUUUUGAAACAAAUGAAUGAAGAUUGGGAAAUGAUGGCAUCACUGGCAUUUCUUCUUCCGAAGACAAACUUGAAGAAAGCAUUGGAACUUCUAAGGACAGUGUACCUUCAGAAUCGACCGUUGUAUUUGAACAGUCCUGAAAGUUUGGAGAGGCUAGGUUCUUUGUAUUGUGACUCAAGUGUUGCUUUUCCAGUCCAUCGAUUAGCUAACCUGAUGUGUCGUCACUCAACCCAACCCGUAUGGUACUUCUUCUUCACCUACGUUGGUGAAUGUGGUUACUACAUCAGUCCCUAUACUGGGAAACCGGAUCGUGCAGUCCAUCAGGACGAGACUCUCUACUUGUUCCCGUCGCCUUACUACUGUGAGCAGAUCGGCCUGAUCGGCAGAGACGCGGUUAUAGUCGAUCGGAUGACGGCGAUGUGGUACAAUUUCGCCAAAUAUGGCGACCCUAACCCUAUCGACGCAGACCUGGGGCUGUAUUGGCCCCCGAUGACACCAGACAAUAGAACCUACCUCAAAAUAUCGGAUGACCUAACCCUGCACAAGAAUCUACGUGAAAAAAGAUUUGAGCUUUGGGAACAGCUGCACCCUAUAGAUUAUAACUAA